AUGUGUCCUGCUAAAAACGUAAUUUGCCCCAAGUGUGGGGGUCAUCAUGAGAAUUGCGACACCACUUCGUUUUCUUGCGUCAAUUGUAAAGGCGACCAUAUAUCUUUGAGCAAGGCUUGUCCUGCGUACAAAAAAGAAAGGAAGCUGAGAGAGAUUAUGGCGGAGUUUGGAUGCACAUACAGAAAAGCAUUAGAAAUGUAUGUCCCACCUGAAAGGCCCAUUCUCCCCGAAAACACUGUCACACGAACCCUACUUACACCUAGCUGUGGCGACACUUUUCCACGUCUUAGAACGGAGCAGACACCAAGUAAGAAUAUAUAUCCUGAUCCGCCUAGUCAACUGACUUAUGCCGAAACCGUCAAAACAAAACCCAUUAUUCAUGAAGUGAAGUCAGCAGUUAAAACUACUCCUCGCUCCCUAAAUCCUAACAUUAAGUCAUCAAAGCGUCAAAAGAAAUCCACUGAGGAGGAUUGGGCAUUUUGGAAUUCAGAUGGAGGCAGUAAAGACGUUUAUAUGUCGUCUGAUGAGGAUGAGGGCCAAAAGGAACAGUGUCCGUCCAUUAAGGAGCUUUGGGACAGAAUCAAGGAAAAGAACACGACUUUAGCCGUUCACACCGCGUUGAAUUUCAUCCGUCACGCAAAAGAACAGAAAAAACUGGUUAUCGCGGUCUCUUUAGACAUCAGGGCGGCGUUUGACAACGCUUGGUGGCCCGCACUCUUUCAACGUCUGGCCAACCUUGAUGUGCCCAACAACAUCUACGGGCUCAUCAAGGACUACGUCAGGGACCGAGUGGUCACGUUGGAUCACGCCGGAGUGCGAGCGCGCAAGAUACUCACUAAGGGGUGCAUACAGGGGUCUGCGUGUGGCCCUGUUUUGUGGAACAUGAUCUUAGAUGACCUCCUAGACAUGCAGCUGCCAGCGGGAUGCCACAUGCAGGCCUUUGCGGAUGAUGUCCUCCUCAUAGUCACCGCGGACACUAAUGAAGAACUGCAGACCAUGACAAAUACCGUCCUGUCCGAAAUCAGUAACUGGGGUACUAAAGUUAAACUCAAUUUUGGCCCAGCGAAGACACAAGUCAUAGCUUUCACGCCGAAGGCCAAGUCUGUGCAGCUCCACAUGGACGGCACGGACUUGGCAUUCGUGCCUGAAAUUAAAUUGCUGGGCAUCAUCAUUGAUGAAAAGCUCUUAUUCAAAAGACACCUAAAAUACGUGCUAGGUAAGGCCUCGCGCAUUUACAACAAACUGUGCAUCUACGCGAGGCCAACCUGGGGCACACACCCCGAAAACACACGCACCAUAUACCUGCAUGUCAUUGAGCCGAUCAUCACCUACGCUGCGGGAAUAUGGGGUCAAGUGGCAAGGCAGAAGAGCGCACGCAAGGAUCUGGCCAGCCUGCAACGAGGCUUCGCGCUAAAGGCCAUCCGCGCCUUCAGGACAGUGUCCACUAAUGCUGCACUGGCGCUGGCGCAGCUCAUUCCACUUGACCUCAGAGUCCUCGAAGUACAUCAAAUCGAGCAAACUCGCCUUACCAAUACCACUCCCUUUCUACCAGAAGAUAUUCUGCUGGAGCGACCCACACCUGUACGCGAACUACUGCACCCAGCUUUGAGAAUCACUAAAUCCCAUCUAGACCACGAAGAAACGGACGAAACGCACCAAAUAUAUACCGACGGCAGCAAGCUAGACAGUGGCGCUGUGGGAGCUGCUUUUGUGUGCUUUGACCCAGGUGGCUCAGAACAACCGACCAUAACUAAAAAACUUAAACUACACGACUCUUGCACGGUCUUCCAGGCUGAGCUCUUUGCCAUCCUGGAGGCCUGCAAAUGGGCAGCUCGCAAAUAUCAAAACACUGUCAUCUACACAGACUCUCAAUCUUCACUACUAGCAAUAGCAGACAGAAGUAACACACAUCCACUUGUCACACAGAUACACAAAAUUAUACACACGCAUCGCGACACAAAACAGAUCACAUUAAAAUGGGUCAAGGCACACAGGGGCAAUGUCGGCAACGAAGCUGCCGACGCCGCGGCAAAACUAGCGACUCAGCUUCACAAAACACCUGACUACAGCUUGUUCCCAAUCUCGUAUGUAAAACAUAAGCUCCGCAUGCAUAGCCUGGACCUUUGGCAGGCACGUUAUUCAUCCAGUGAACAAGGACAGUACACCAAAAAUAUUUUUCCAAAUCUUACCGACAUCAAACAAUUCCGAAAACACACAGACAUUCACUUCCACACAACACAAAUACUCACCAACCACGGUUUCCAUAAAACGUACCUACGUCGAUUCCACAUCACUCCGGACGACUGCUGUCCUUGCAACACCAGUACACCCCAGACAGUGACGCACCUGCUGACAGAUUGUCCGAGGUUCGCUGCGGGGCGAAUGCGCCAUGAGUCGCUGUGCGCGUACUAUGACAUUGACCCGUAUAGCUUGCCAGAACUACUUAAGAAAGAGGAAGCGCUGGCAAGCUAUACGGAGUUCGUGCGUCACAUAUAUUCGGGUCUAAAAGCCUACAAUGGAACAUAA